GCAGUAUUUCCAAAUGCAUAGUAAUCGAACAUCAAACAUCCACGACCUCAGAUAUGCUUAGACAGAUCACAGAUUGCAAGGAACAAUGUUAGAAUUCUAUACGAAUUUGAAAUAAUACAGGCUGCCACACAGCAAAAAGAAAUUAUUAGCUUUAAAACUCUCCGACUGGAGGGGACAUAGUGAACAAUGAAAAUGGAUAUGGAAGGAGUUGAUAUGACCCUGUGGCCAGAGGCUGAAUUUGAAGAGAAGUGUACAUACAUUGUGAAAGAUCAUUCGUGGGACAGUAGUGCAGAAAGAAGUCAUGGAAUUCAGGCACAAGCCUCUUUACCCAGGAAUCUGCUCUUCAAAUAUGCAUCAAACUGCAAAGAGGUGAUUGGAGUUAUAAGCAAAGAAUAUAUCCCCAAAGGAACUCGAUUUGGACCACUCAUAGGUGAAAUAUACACACAGGAUACAGUUCCAAAGAAUGCCAACAGAAAAUAUUUUUGGAGGAUCUAUUCAAAUGGGGAAUUACACCACUUUGUGGAUGGAUAUAAUGAAGAUAAAAGUAACUGGAUGCGCUACGUUAACCCAGCACACUCUGUCCAAGAGCAGAAUUUAGCGGCUUGUCAGAAUGGCAUGAAUAUCUAUUUCUACACCAUCAAGCCAAUUCCAGCUAAUCAGGAACUUCUUGUGUGGUACUGCAGAGACUUUGCUGAUAGGCUUCACUAUCCUUCCUCUGGGGAGCUGCCGAUGAAUCUGAAGCAAAGUCUUCAUACGGAUGAACAAACAGUACAGAAAGAUGUGACCCAUCAUAAAAACACAUCAAAAAAGGAACACAGUGUGAAAGAAAUACUAAAGAACACGACAAACCAACCAAAGCCUAGGGAAGUCAUAAUGAACAAUAUUUUGGCUGCUAUCCCAGAUAAUGAUAAUGCAGACUUGCAUAAGACUUGUAGCCCUGAGAGGCCAUUUGUUCCUAGAGUUGUUUAUCCAUUUCGGUCUCACCUGCAUGAAGAAUACUUGAAACCUUCUAUAGGCUAUGGAAUUGAGAGACAACACUUAAUGAUGCAUUCACCAGUUCAGCCAUCUACAACACCAAGCCCUUCAUCAAGAGGUAGCCCAGACCAAAGCUUUAAAAGCUCAAGUCCACACAGUAGUCCUGGGUCUACAGUUUCACCUCAUAGUCUGUCACAAGAUCCCAGAGACUUUUAUCCAUUUCUAAAUAAACCAUAUAACACUGAAGGUUUGGGAUCUUUCCCUAGCUAUCCUCCACCACCUAGUCAUCUCCCACCAGCAUUUAUAUCUUCUUAUAAUUCUCCAUACUCCAAAUUCUUGAUAUCGCCAUAUCUUGGCUGUAAUGGCCUCAAUCCUUUGAACAAUAUAAAUGCCGUAAAUAAUUUCAAUAUCUUCCCAAGAAUGUACCCGGUUUAUGGCAGUGUGAUUGGUGGUGGCAGCCUUUCUCAUCACAUGCUUGAUCAUGCUGCUCUCCCAGGAACUCUGCCUCAUGAAGGAAGCCGUAGAAUGAUCCAUCACGAGCAACCACGAGACUUUCUUAUACCUGCACCCAACAGUGCCUUCUCUAUCACAGGUGCUGCUGCUAGCAUGAAAGACAAGCAGUGCAACCCCACAAGUGGGUCACCGACUGCUGGAACAGCAGCUAGUUCAGAUCAAAUAAUGCAACCUAAACCUACCUCAGCAGUGAUGCCCACUAGUAGCGAAGAAGCUAUUAAUCUUAUUAAGAGCAAAAGAAAUAUGACUGGUUAUAAGACUCUUCCAUAUCCUCUGAAAAAACAGAAUGGCAAGAUUAAGUACGAGUGCAACAUUUGCUCAAAGACAUUUGGACAGCUAUCAAAUUUGAAGGUGCAUCUUCGAGUACACAGUGGGGAACGACCGUUCAAAUGCCAGACUUGCAACAAAGGCUUUACCCAGCUGGCACAUUUACAGAAGCACUUUUUGGUACAUACAGGGGAGAAGCCGCAUGAAUGUCAGGUAUGCCAUAAACGGUUCAGCAGCACAAGCAAUUUAAAGACUCACCUACGGCUUCACUCGGGAGAGAAACCGUAUCAAUGCAAACUGUGCCCUGCAAAGUUUACACAGUUCGUUCAUCUCAAGCUGCACAAAAGGCUUCAUACAAGAGAACGCCCUCAUAAAUGUGGUCAUUGCAACAAGAGCUACAUCCACUUGUGUAGUCUCACUUUCCACAUGAAAGGCAAUUGUUUGGUUUCCCCAAGACCUGGACUCUCCAGGGAUGACUUGAAUCGUAUUAAUGAAGAGAUUGAGAAGUUUGACAUCAGUGACAGUGCAGAUCGAUUAGAUGACAUGGAGGGUGUUGACAUGUCACCUGCUGUAGAGAAGGAAAUGAUGAUGCUUUUCAGGAGAGAGAUAGAAGGGGCUAGCAUGAAAGUAUCAGUGUCCAGGAAUAUGGGAAAUGGACUUCUCCCAUCAGGAUGCAGCUUUUUUGAACAGACAGAUACAGCAAUCAUGAAGUUGCCGCACAGCUCCCAACUACCUCUAUUACCUGUAAAAGUCAAACAAGAAACAAUCGAUCAAAUGGACUCCUAACACAUAGAAGUAAUUGUUAUUUAUGAGACGUUGGGAAGCUUGUAGCAGUUUGUUGUAUAUAUUUUAAAGCUGCCCAGCAAUAUUGACCAUUGAAAGUCAAUGUCUCCAAAGAAUUCCUACACCAACUGCAAGAAGGAACUCCAAGAGAUAUGUAUUCUCAGGGCAUUGAAAGAGGCAAAGACUUGUGUAUUGCCUACUCACUUAUUAAUAUUAUUGAAAGACAAUCAUUUAUCAAUAAUUAUUUUUCAUUGAAAGUACUUCCUAAUUUAUUACUCAUUGUUUCAUUUGGCGAGCAAUAAUUAAAAAAAUGUUUACAAUGACAAUGAAAAAAAUCAUUGUAAUUGGAAAAUAUAUGUAUAUAU